CCCCACCCGGCUUCGGUCCCCGGGACACACCCCGCACCAGCCCGGGAGGGAGCCUGCGCGGCGCAGGAAAGGAAGGAAAAGAAAACGAAGGAGCAGAAAGAGAGGGAAGAAGUCAUCCUCUGCAUGGAAAAUGAAGCUUGUACGAAUUCAUGCCAAUGCUCUGGCAUAUUCCAUGACUACCCUAGGGACUGGGAUGAUGAACACGGUCUUUAAUUUUUACUACAUGCAGCUUUUUUUGAAGCAAUACAAGAUUUCAGAAGCUGCCUUUCACCAGUCUCAGGUGAUUUUUAUGAUCUGGAAUGCUCUUAAUGACCCUCUUUUUGGAUAUAUUCAAGACAACGCCAAGGCAUCUUGUUGUUCAGAACGUCAGAUUGCUAUCUUGUAUGGUGCGCCUUUCUAUGCAUUGGCUUUCUUACUUCCUUGGUUCCCUUGGAAACACUACGAAGAAGGUGACUGGCUUAGCGGGCUUCAGCUUGUGGUAUCUUUAUGUGCUUUUGAUGGCAUGUUGACUUUUGUACAGCUAGCCCAGUGUGCCCUUUUUGCAGAGAUUUCCACUCAACAUGAGAGCCGACUUCGGCUUGUUAAAUAUAACCAAGUGGCAUCACUAGUGGGAUCUACCAGCAUACUUUUUGUUGGCCUUAUCUCUGAUAACAUGGAAAAUUUACUCCAUUUCCAGGCUUUGUCCAUUGUCAUUGCUGUUCUUGCUACUGCCUGCCUUUUUUAUACUGGUAUUUACAGUAUAAGUCACUAUGAACUUAAAGGAAGCCCUCGAGAAACCAAUAUCUCAGAGAGUAAAUCGGAACUCUCCUGGGCGUCAGUCAUCUUGUUGACCAGAGAGAUAUUAACCCAGAAAAACUUUCUGCUUUUCUUGGCAAUGAAUUUCUUCCAGGUCUUUCAUUUAACCUUCUUCAGCAACUUCAUGAUGAUCUUUGCAGAUAACCUCAUCCCCAAAGAUGCUUUUUCUUCUUCUGUGAGGAGCAUCAUGUACGGGGCAGGGUUUAUUUGUCCACAGUUUCUCGUGCUCAUCAGCCACUCCUGGCUCAAGAAGUUUGGUUACUAUAAGGUUGUUUUAUUUUCCUUCUAUAUGGAAGGAGCAGCUGCAGCUGUGAUGUUUGUCCUGGGACUGGAACACUAUUACAUUUUGGCUUUUUAUCUCACAGCUAACAUGAUAGUAGUUCAAGCCUCGUUUAGUUUGUUCAAUCUACCUCUGGCUGAUAUCAUUGAUGCAGAUGUGCUGAAAUUCAAACGGAAAUCACCCCUUUCCUCGAUGGUUUUUGGGACCAAUGCUUUGUUUACCAAACCUGCUCAGUCUUUAGCUCCCAUGGUUAUAGUUACUGUGUUAAAUCAGUUUGGAUACGAGCAGCUAAACAAGAAGUCCAUACAGAUUGAUCCCAGUUUAUUAACAGGUCUCCAUGAUGCAAUGUUCACCUUGAUUUGUCUGGUUCCCCUGGGCAUCGCAAUAAUCCAAAUUCUGGCUUGGACUCCCUUCUCUAUCAGGAGCAGUCAUCACUCAAACUGGGCAGUGACCCCCCAACAAGAUCAUAUUCUAUCAUGGAAUUAAAAUGUGGCUUGAGGUUUUUGUAUUUUUUUUAUUAAAAAUUUUUUCAGUCAACAAAGAUCUACUUCUCUCCCUUUCUCCUCCUCUUCAUUGAGAAAGAACCAAAACCCUUGUAACUUUUGUAUUUUCCUAUAUAGAAUUUAUACUAUGCCAGAAGGAAAAAUUGCUCAUUAUUACCUUUUAUCUGUUAAAAACAACUUCAAGGCCUCUCUGGUCUCCUUUGGUUACGGGACUAAAUUUAGUUUGUUAUUAAAUAACAGCCUGCCUCUGGUGGCUAUAUAUUAUCAUAUUAUAGUUCUCAUCAUGUCUUAUAUUCUCAGUAUAGCCUAUAGCUGUAGGUAAUGGAAUUGCUAUAUGAAUUGGUUAGAUGAAUUCUCGGGGUGGGUGGGAGGCCCCAGAGUAUACCUGGAUAUAUACAUUAUUUCUGGAUUCUCUGGCACUAUAUUAUUCUGUCUACAUUUGCAUUUGGAUUUGCUGUAAAACAUUACUGUCCUACGAUCAGUAGGUUUCUUAAUAAGCUGGUGGACCUUUGAAAGCUUAGGGACCAGAAUGAGAGGAUUCGUGUGCUUCUCAGAUUUUAGUGUGGCCCAACAGUGCCUAAGAGUUGAGGUGAAAAAUGGUGUAUGAAAAUAAGGGUACUUUUAUUCUCUUUAGUUUUUGAAUUUGCCUUUAAAUCAGAAUCUGUGAAACCAGCUAGAUUUACUUCUGUGAGAACUAGAGCCCCAUGAGCGCAACUGAAAAUGGAGAUAGUAAGUUCACUUUCCUCCAAGUGGACUCAUGUCCUCCAUUUUACCUUUGGAAUAAGAGAUUAAGGACACAGACUUUAUUUAACUGAAAUUAUCUGGUUUUGUUUUUUUCUUUAAUUGCCCAUCUUAUUUGGUAUGUAGUUUUUGGAUAAGCCAUCUGAGGUAUUCCUACUGUGGCUGACGUCAUGGACCUACUAUAGAUAGUCCUUUUCUCCCAUAUGUUGAUGCUAUGGACUUUGAAUGAAUAUUUUACUAAGGACACCUCACUAGCAGCCCUUUUGUCUAUGUGUUCGCCUGAAUGUAAAUGAAGUUUGCUUUGUAUUUUUUACAAUGAAAUUUUGAAAAAUGCACACUUGCUAAGUUAAGGUUAUUUUGAGGAGAAGCACAUUAUGAACUAUUAAUGAUUAUGUGAAUGUGAAUUAUUAUUAUUACUUGAAUAAUAUAAGCCCAGCAGAAUAAACUUAGUGAAUGUGGGAUACUGUGGAAUAUCAAUCAAAUGAGGGUUACAUUAACCUUAUAACUAUUUUAUUUCUUAAGAAGUCUUAGCAGAGAAAGUGCCUUACACUUACAUAUUUGUCAUACAAAAUACCAAUGUUUUCUCUGUUUACAUUGAAUGAACUCACUAGGCAGAGACAGGUUUGUUUUGUUCCUGGCACACUCAGGAAAUACGAAACAAAUCCAGCUCUCUGCAUAUUUUAUGUGUUAUAAUACUCUACACAGAGAUCAGAAUUUUCUUAGAAAAAAAUUCCUUUUGGUGGGAAAUUCCUCGAGAUUCUUAAAUUGUGUUUUUAAAACAGCAUUCAUGUAAUAGGGAACUAAGUGCCUUCUGUCUUGCCAGUGCUAUCUUUAAAGGAAGAAGUAAAUUAAUAUCUGUAUCAUGAAAUUUUAAAAAUUAAGUUAACAUUACUUGGAAAGAUUGAAUUGUAAAGAAAGUGUGAUUUAAUUCUAAUAUCUGACUUUUUCUAGGUCAUCCUUUUUUUGUGAUGUUUAGUAAUAAUAAAUCCAGCUAAUUUCAGUAUUGUU